CCAAUCAGGAGGCUUUGUAGCAGAAAUUUAAAGGUCUGUGCGGCACUGUCUGCGAACCACAACCUCUGAGCCACAAGUAGGAUACACCACCACUAAACCAGAUUUCUACCGCUGCUAAACUCCUCAUCAACUUGAAAAUGUCUGAAAACGUCGUUCGUCUGAACCAGUUCAAGAACAAAGGCAGAGACGCCAAUGAGCUCCGACGCAGGAGAGUGGAAGUGAACGUGGAGCUCCGGAAGGCGAAGAAAGACGAUCAGAUUUUCAAAAGGAGGAAUGUGUCGUCAUGUCCGGAUGAAGCGACCUCUCCUCUGCAGGAAAGGACCCAAAACUGCCAGGCUGCUCGGCAGUGGACGGUUGAAGAGAUUCUCACAGGAGUGAACAGCGAUAACCCUGAGUCCCAGCUCCAGGCCACACAGGCUGCACGGAAGCUGCUGUCCCGUGACAAACACCCUCCCAUCAACCAGAUGAUCAGCGCCGGAUUGAUCCCCAAGUUUGUCGCCUUCCUGGGGCUCUCUGACUGCCCUCCCAUGCAGUUCGAGGCGUCCUGGGCGCUCACUAACAUCGCCUCUGGGACGUCCGAUCAGACGGCCGCUGUGGUUGAGGGCGGGGCCAUUCCUGCGUUCAUCAGCCUGGUCACAUCCCCCCACCAGCACAUCAGCGAGCAGGCAAUCUGGGCUCUGGGAAACAUCGCUGGUGAUGGGUCACCGCUGAGAGACAGAGUCAUCAAGCACGGAGCUGUGGCGCCUCUGCUGAGCCUGCUGGCCGUCCCUGACUUCUCCGUCUUUAACCCUGGCUACCUGAGAAACAUCACCUGGACGCUGUCAAACCUCUGUCGCAACAAGAACCCCUCCCCUCCCAUCGCCGCCAUCCAGCAGAUGAUGCCUUCCCUCAUCCGUCUGCUUCACUGUGAGGACCCGGAGGUGUUGGCCGACGCCUGCUGGGCUGUGUCGUACCUGACGGACGGCUCCAAUGAUCGCAUCGAGGUGGUGGUCCAAACCGGCUUGAUCCCUCGUCUGGUGAAGCUGCUGGGCUUCGAGGAGCUGCCUGUCGUGACGCCGUCGCUGAGAGCCAUCGGAAACAUCGUGACUGGUACGGAUGAGCAGACUCAGGCAGUGCUGGACGCCGGAGCCCUGACGAUGUUCCCCGGGCUGCUGCGCCACAAAAAGCCCAACAUCCAGAAGGAGGCGGCCUGGACUCUGUCCAACAUCACGGCAGGGAAGGACGGACAAAUCCAGGAAGUCAUCAACGCGGGCCUCGUCCAUUACAUGGUCGAUUUGCUUAAGCGGGGUGACUACAAAACUCAGAAAGAGGCUGUGUGGGCGAUUACAAACUUCACCAGCGGGGGCACCGUUCAGCAGGUGGUCUACCUCGUUCAAGCCAACGUGCUCGAACCUCUUCUGAAUCUCCUCUCCUCCAAAGACAGCAAGACCGUCCUCGUCAUCCUGGACGCCAUCACCAACAUCUUCAUGGCCGGGGAUAAGAUCGGCGAGUCGGACAAACUGAGUCUGAUGAUUGAAGAGUGCGGAGGACUGGACAAGAUCGAGGCUCUGCAGGCGCACGAGAACGAGAUGAUUUACAAAGCAUCCCUGAACCUGAUCGAGAAAUACUUCUCAGAUGAGGAGGAGGAGGUGCAGAGCGUGGCCCCAGAAGUGACCGAGGACGCUUACGCUUUCAGUAUCGGAGAAACCCAGAGCACUUUCAAUUUCUAGAUGACUUUCACAUCCCUCUAAUCUAAACUGUAUUCUUCUUUCACCACUGCUGUCUGUUCUUUGUUCAUGUCAUCGUUGACUUCUCUCUCUCUCUUUGUGUGUCUUGUACAUACUGUUUUAAUGUGAAAACAAGAUUGUAAAUAAAGUUGUCAGAAGGUG